GAAUUAUAUGUCAUUCGUGACUGUCCACGAUCAGAAGUUACAAUUGCUUGCCAGCUUGGUAUCUUCAAAGGUUUACCUUGCUAAAAUAAUUAUUUUAAACAAUUACACGAAAUUCGAUCAUGUGAUAAGUGCCUUAGUAUUUUUAUAUUAAUAAUUAUUGUCGGUCAACUAUACGAAGUGCUCUGAGCUAGGUUCUAUUAAUAGUUUUUUUUUUAUAUAAUUUGAAUAAGCUGUGAAAAAUUUAAUGUAGUGACCAGUCUAAUUAGAUUUUGAAGUGGCGACUGCUAUGGGGCAAAGUCCGAGCUCAAUGAGGAACAAGAACGGUCGACACCGAUCGUUCAGGAGUUUCGUAAGGCGAAGCAAAUUGAACAAAUCUAGCUUGAGCCAUACGUUCAGUUUGCCGCCUUCAGAGGAGUAUCCGGAGCUAAUGAACAUCAAUGCAGCAACUGAGGAACAGCUGAUGACCCUUCCGGGCGUGAACAGGCAACUGGCUCGAGAGAUAGUACGCCACAGACAGAUGAUAGGUCGUUUUAAGAGAGUUGAUGACCUUGCAUUAGUCUCAGGUAUUGGAGCUGAUAAACUAGAAUUACUGAGACCAGAAAUAUGUACGCACACAAGGAAACAGUUGUCACGGGCCAGCUCCUGUGCACACUCAUUAGAUAGCAUACGUUUGCCCUCUGAAAGCAGACUAUGUUCUAUCAAUUCAUCCAGUGUGUUCCAACUGCAGUGUGUGCCUGGACUCAACCAAGAAAUAGCUGCAAAUAUUGUAGAUUACCGUAAUAGAAAAGGGCCUUUCAAAUCAUUGGAUGAUUUAAUAAAAGUUCGUGGUAUGGAUAUUGUCAGGCUAAGUACAGUAAAACAACACUUGAGCCUGGAGUUACGUAAAUCUGAAAGUGUCCAGCACUUAACUAAUGGCCAUGUAAAUGGAUGGAAUGAUGAUAACAUGCUCCAACAAAAUGGAAUUUCUCCAAAGACGCCACAUCGAAAAAGUUUAUCAAUGCCAACAAAAUUGACGUUACCCAAUGGCUUUGCCACUGCUCCAGUAAAUGAUAUUCUAGAUUUACUCUCAGCUUAUUCACAUAGGCCAGUUGUAGAGGAAGUUUUCACAUAUGAAAGAGAUGGUAUUCGGUGCUGUCGACUGGCAUCUUGGAAUCUUCAUCAGCUUAGUAUAGACAAAAUAUCGAAUCCUGGAGUGAGAGAGGUUAUUUGUCGAACCAUUUUAGAAAACAAAUUAUCGCUAAUAGCCAUCCAAGACAUAUUGAACGAGGCUGCUCUUAAAGUAAUAUGCGAUGAGCUGAAUUCUCCCGUACUAAGAAGGGUCAAAGAGUGGAAGAACAAUGGGCACAAGUGGGAGUAUCGUGUUUCAGGGACAAAGAACAGCCAACAACUCGGUUUUGUCUACGACUCGUCGCUGAAGGGGGUCACGGUUGAAGAUAUAGAGCUGGACCAGGUCUGUUUGCUGACCGAGGCCAGCGACAUCAGAAGGCUUCUCUCCGAGCUGACCGCGUUGAGGAGCGACAGAUAUACUGCUGAGCCGCAGGCAUUCCUGCUCUGCGGCAGGCCGCUGAUAGCCGUGAACGUGAUGUGCAGAGAUCGGCUCAGCGCCGCAGACUGCGACCGGCUGGCGACCGUGGCGGCUCUAGCGGAAUCCACAAAACUGAACGUGGUAUUCAUGGGCGAAUUCCGAAACAAAGAAAACGUUCUCCAAUUGAAAUCGUAUCAAUCGAUCCUUGACGAAGACUUGCCGACGACCGUGGACGCGAACGCGCUCGGCCAAAGUUUUAUUUUAUGUCCUGGCAACAUUGAAACGAGCGGCUUCAACGGCCACUCGGGAGCCGUCAAAACUGGGUUGUGCCAUCUGGCAAUACCGCGAGGCUGGUCGUGGGGCGGGCCCGCGUCGCCCUUCUGUCCCAUCUGGGCCGAACUCAAAGUUCCAGAUUGACGUGGACUUAUAAAGAACAAAACCGAAGAUAUAGCCGAAUUCGUCACCAACUGCAAUCUGUACUGGUGGUGUAUUUUUGAGAUUUGAUUCUAAGUGAGGUUAGGCUGUCAAAUUUUGGCGCCAACCAAGUGUCAAAUUGUAUCUUUGUACAUAAUCAAAUGGGGCAUUUAGAUUAUAGUAUAAUAAUAUAUAAAAUAUUUUGUGUAUUUAAUUGAAAAAAAUAAUUUCAAUAUUAGAUAGGAUUCAAUAUUUAAAUAAAUAAAAAUGAACAAUGAUAUUUAUUGCUAUUCUUUUAAAUAUCAUCUUUUUCAAUAAUGUAUUCUUAUUUAUAAGAGGUAAAACGUAAUAUAUGAGAGAAAUUAUUUACUAUAAAAUGACCCUAAAGGGUCUGUUUGAAUUUGAACUGUGAAAUAUGCGUUUCAUUAACAAUGGUCACGUUAUGAACUCAUUUAUGUUAUUCAUAUUGCAUUGUAGACUUUUCUAGAUCCGCCGAGUCUAGUCCGUUAAAAUCGAUUAUAUUGCAACCGGAAACUAGAUAUAAUCUGUAUUGGGACCGCACAACUCUUCUGUGGUUAACUUACAGUAUUUUCUUUUCGGCUAACACUAGGGUUAGUGACGUCUCGUGUUAAAAAUUUUAGGCAUCGUAUUGUUGAAUGUAAAAUUAAAAAACUCUAAAUUGAAGAAGACGCGGCGCCCAAGAUCGACAGCUCAACAAUGCGGCUGGCUAUUGCUUUAAAUUUUCAUACGGUUCGUAGAACAAUAAGAAUUUCAAUGAGAUUCAUCAACUUUUCGAUUAUCACGGACCUUACUUGUUUUUAUGUACAGCCAUUUUAAACUACUCCAAAUUAAAUCGAUAAUACCUAAUGUCGAAAACAUAACUGGUUGGCUGAGUUUUUCGGUAAGUCUCGAUAAAAUUACGAUUUUCUAGGUGAUGGUAAAUAAAUAAAAAAUAUAUAUAUAUAUAUAUAUACAGUCAAACCUGGGUAAGUGAGAACUGGAUAAGUGAGAAAACUCUAUAAGUGAGAGUAAUAGCUAGGACCCGUCAUUUUAAGCUCCCAAAACCUCUAUUAGCGAGAAACAGAAACCUCUGUAAGAGAGAGUCGUUUUUCCCAAAUGGACCUCCGUAAGUGAGACUGCAACUUAUCUAUACCUCUAUAAGCGACAGUCGAGCUUUAUUUAUUUAUAUUAUUUAGGAGGAACAAAUGAAAAAACAAAUUACAAAUUUAACAUCUGCUAUUUUAUGACUCAUUCUUAACUUUUGUGGAACUUCCUUCCAUUGUUUUUGUAUUGUUUUCUUGUCAAUAUUGAGCCUAUUCUAUUUUGGUAGAACUAAAUAACGUUGUUAUUUUAUCGCAUUCUUUUCGAAUGGACACGUGUGCCUGUGUACCGUCCUGUUUGUCGGACUUACUGAGUUUAUCGUUAAUCAAUUGCGAAGGAAAGUUCUGUUCUGCAUCAUGUCAAAACGGAAAAUUAAAGUACUGUCACUAAGUGAUAAACUUAAAAUAGUGAACGCGUUUGAAUCCGAAAAAUCGCGAAAUGAAAUUCAGGGGGAGAAUUAGCGAGAAACUCGGGUUAGUGAGAAACCUCUAUAAGCGAGAAUGAGAUUGUGCUCCCUUGAACUCUCGCUUAUCCAGGUUUGACUGUAUAUAUAUAAAUGAAGUGACGACAAUGAACCCGCUAUGGAAGUUAUCUCAAACGCGUCACUAUUAAAGAUUGGCAAAAAAAGGCAUCAUUUUGUGGUCUAAUUUUACGGCGAUAGUCUCACAUUAUUUUUAUCGCGGAUGUGGCAUCUGUGGUGGCCGGGGACGACUCUAUACGCUGUUACUGUAUAAAUUACAUUUAAAAUAUCAUUCUAUAGAAUAGUGAAGUAAAUUGUUGAAUUAUUUAUAAAAUGAUUACUUUUCUCUCAACAAAGAAUGUAUGUAACUUGAAAAAUAAAAUAUUAUGGAUUAUUAUGUAUUUAGCUACCAUUAUUAAUAAUUAUAUUCAAAGAACAGCUCACUUUGAAAAAACUAUUAUACAAAUCUUAUUAAUAAAUUUGAAAACCAAAAUUCAAAAUUGUAUAUUUACUAAGAGAAACUAAAUUACUACUUAAAGUAAAUAUUUUUGUAAUUAUGUAAUUGAAUGAUCUCGUCGAGAUAUUAAUUUAUGAAUAUUUAAUUAAUCAUUAACUUUGACUUGUUUUUUUAAAUUAUUAUUAAUCUAAAAAUUAUGGAAUAAGGAAUAUCUGCAUUUUAUAACCUACCUACUCUUAAUAUACAAAUAAUAUCCAUAGAUUAUAUAUAAUAUUGGGCGGGAAAAUAUAAAAAGUAUCGUUGGGCGGUGGGAAAUACUCAUUCGAUUAAUGCAAGCAAGUCUUAUUUCGUACAGCCUUAAAGUAUUACAACUCACAACUUCAGUUCUGUGUGUUUCUACAGCGCGCGGUCUGGUCUGAAGAAUAGACGGACAUUUACUAUCUGUGAUAGUUCGUACACUCACCUGACCCCGCUCUAGAGAUCCCUGUGCCAUACAAACCAGAGACUUAGCUGCACAGAUAUUGGACACGACCAGGAAACACUGUUCAAAUCUGUUCGUUAUACGCAUACUUGUAGUGGAAAUCAAACUCACGACACUCGGCCCCAGUAGCGAGGAGCGCUAACUGCGUCACCAGCUAUAAAACAUAUCGACGGAAGAAAGUGGAAUUGUCGUAACUAGAAAAACGUAAAUUUACGCCAGGACCAUAAAACUAUAAAAAAAAUGCAUAACUCAUAUUAUAUUUAUAGAGAUAGCAAGUUGAAAAAAAAAACAUGAAAAUUUUAAUCGUAGGAAAAUGAGACAACCCAUACGAAGCUUUAUUUUAUGUAUAUGUACAAGAAUAUGUUGUGAAAAAAGUUAUUUAACCCAAAAUACCAAGUAAUGACAUUUCCGUUUUCUCCCGUCGAUAUGUUGAAUAGUCUAUUACUUGCUGAGUAUCGCCGUACCUUGUGAGAUGCGUUGGGACAAUAAUCAUUCAAUACGACGGACGGAAAGGCUCGUGAAUACGCACUAACCAAAAAUCUGCUCAAUUAAAUUAAAUUAUCGUAAAAAUCAUAUUAGCGUUCUUCAAACGAAUUUAUUAUAUAAUAUAGUAUAAAUUAUACUAUAUUUUCCUCAUAAAAUGUGAGACCAAAAUUCGAAUGAGCUCGAAUGUUGCAGUCAGUCAGAAAUGAUUUAGUUACAAGUCCCAAAUCUGGUAGUAUCGCUGAAGAUAUGCGUGAACAGUUUAUCUAGUACGGAUCGGCACUGAUGAAGAUAUGCAAGAACAGUUUAUUUAGUACGCAUUGCCACUGAAUUUGAGAACUAUUUGCUUAAACUUAAAUAGGCAAAGGGAAAUCAACAAAAGCAAAGUAAAAAAGUAGUAAUUGAAAGAUUUUUUGUAAAAAAUUACUAAUAAAAUAAACCCGUUUUUAUUUUAUCUCUUCCUGCAUAUAUAACCUAGUCGCGUGUGACUAAUCGUCCUAUAUCGGUGAUCUCUGGUUAGCUCUCGUCCAUUUUAUAUGGCAAAAUAAAAGCUAUCAGCUAUCCUCUAUUGUUGCUAAGAAGAAUAGCAUAUAAAGUAUAAAGAGGACUAAGGGAUUGGACCUGCUGAAUACAACGUCACAAUGUAGUUACCAAUUUCCAACCAUACGCGCGUAUAAAAUGAAAAGCUAAUUUUUAUGAAACAUAAUGUCCAUAUUUUGUCAAUGAGAUUCCAAAAUAAGCGUGUUACUAGUUUUGUGAUAUUUGUAUAAAAAAAGAAAAGUGUUUUUAUUUAAUACAUAUGCAUAAUCACGUUUUUUAAGCAAUUGUUUGUUUUAUUUCUUUGUUUUAAUUAUAACUUUGUGUAAGUUAUUGGUGAAUAUAUAAUAAAUUAUUUGAAUUAUA